UUAAGCAUGGAGAGUUUUCAUGGAACACUAUAAGUAGUUUCUUUUUGAUUGAAAGUUAAACACAAAGAACUGAGGAUUUAAUUGUCAGAUUUCAGAAUCUGGGAGAAAUUUGUUUUGAAGCGAUAAAGUAAGAAUAAGUAAUGGACCGAUUGAUAGCAAUGGGCAGGAGGAUGACUGACAGUUUAAAAUUUGUCUUUUUUUUCACUAUUUUGCUGUCUCAAUUGCAUUCAAUCGCCACUGUAAGUAAACAAAAAGACACGAAACCAACUAUGCAGUCUCAGGUACCUGUACAAUAUUUUACACCAGAAUUUAUGACACCUAUAUUUGAAGUGAUGCGUCUUUAUGGCGAAGCUGAAAGAGAUAAGGUUAACAAUAAGAUAAAGAAUCAAAACAAAAAAGCAAGGACAUUUAGUCAAUAUCUUCUUAUAACUAUUGUUUCCGAUGAGGAAAUCAACCAAGCCGAUAAUUGGGCAAAUUCUUUUCCUUCGGAGUUUUCAGAAAAACGGAGGAUUGUUUUUCUCUUAAACGAACGUGACCACGGGAAAGAAUAUUACAAUCCUGAUCGAGAGCUACACGGGGAAAUAAUUGCUAUUCACUUUGGCGAGAUUGAAAGAUUAAUGGAUGAUUUUAAAAAAGACCCAAAGACAAAAUAUAAAUAUCCAAUAAUGUUACUGUAUUCUCAUUAUAUUCCAUGUGCGCAUGUGCCAAACUUAGGUUACUCGUGCUCCGAAGAGCUGAUGCACUAUGCUAGUGGAAGAAUAAAUGAAUUUACAAUGCUUGUAGCUUAUACGACAGUUUUUAAGAAUACUGACGAAGAGAGUUCGUUUAAUUUCAUGAGGAACGGAGGAAUAAAUGCAUUUAUGUAUAUGGCUAAUGGUCCAUAUUCUCAUGAAUUAAAAGUUUACUCGGCCAGCAGCAUUGACGGUAUAAAGAGAACAUUCCAAGGUGAAGCAUAUGAUUGCAUAUCUGAAUUCCCACCAUCAAAGUGUUGCACAGGUAACCAAAGAAAUAAAGCUGCAAUCACAACAUAUUUCAUAAAUUUUUUAACGUACGAGUGUAUUUCGAAAUCCAAAUCAACUGGCUUGUUAACAGAAUUGUCAGGAAAUCAGUUAAGAAUAUGUCUUAAAAAAGAAAUUGAAAAAAACAUCGGAGACGACUGUAUUCAGUGUAGUAGAAAAAACCCAGAAUCACUUAGAGCUACAAGAGCGUUGUUUGAGUUUUGUUUCGAUCGUUCAAUCGAAGUUGCCCAAAGUUUAGGCAAACCUCGUUAUCAUAUUUACGACCCUGACUGGGAGCCGUGUACGAACUGUAACUGGAAUGUAAUAUACAAGCCUCCUGGUCCAAAGGCCAACAAAAGCAAGUUGCCAAGAGUGAUGUGUGCAAACAGUGCCUGUUCUAUGGAGUCACUUUGUUCGUAUUAUGAACCGAACAAAUCGAGAUAUAGUAAACCUUUUAAGAAGUGGUAUGAGAGGAACCCUAAACAAUGAAAUCGGGAUCACGACUUACCCGAAAAAUCCAUUUGACUAUAUAUUAUGCAUUGGAUUCUCUAAUUAUAUAAUAAUAUUGUGUUUAAAAUUGAUUAUGUGAAAAUAAAAGUCAGGGUGAGAGACAAUAGUGAGACUAGAAGGGAAUUACAGUCAAUGUUGAAAUAGUGCUAAUUGUGUAUUUCUAUGUACAAAAAAAUCUUUGUAGUAUAAAAGAAGCCCUUUAUGUUAUUCUGCAUAUAUAUUUGGUGCUUAAAGAAAGCGAAUUUUGUCUCCUUGAUUGCUAUAAAGAAUGACAAAUGAAUAAAUUCAAAUGUAUGUGUUUUGAGGUGAAAUAA